AUGGAGAAGGCCCCCGUCAAAAGCAAAAAUGAAAAAGGACCCAGCUUGAAAGCCAAGGUGUCUGUACACAGCUUGAACAAAAUGAGGCAGACCAAACUCACCGUUGGCAGCCUGGGAUUGGGCCUGAUCAUCAUCCAGAAUGGACCUUACCUCCAGAUUAGUCACCUCAUCAAUAAAGGGGCCGCGGCCACUGACGGGAUACUCCAGCCAGGUGACGUUCUGGUUAGUGUUGGGCAUGCCAACGUGUUAGGCUAUACCCUCCGUGAAUUGUUAAAGAUUUUGCAAAAUAUCACCAUAGGAACAGUGCUACAAAUCAAGGUUUACCGAGACUUUAUUGACAUACCCCAGGAGUGGCAAGAUGUGUAUGAUUUAAUCCCCGAGACCAAAUUUCCAGUCCCACACACACCAAAGAAAACAAAGGAGAAGGCAAAAGAUGAGCCUUUUGCAAGCAGAGAUGACCAGGAAGAUGUCGUUUUAGAUAAAAGACUGAAGUAUUACAGAUAUCCUCGGUCAGUCUGGAAUCACCCUGUGAGGACACCGAUAUCAAUCUCCACAGAAUGGCAUGGAUAUAAAAAGAAGGACCACACUAUUAGCGUUGGCAAAGAUGUUAAUUGUGAUGUAGUAAUUCACAAAGAUGACAAGACAAAACCGAGGUCCCCUUCUCCAUACUGGACAAUGGUGGAGCACGACAAAGUCAUCUCCUCCUCGUCCUCCGCAGCUUCCUCCAACUCAGAUGCCUUUUGGCUGGAAGACUGUGCACAGGCUGAGCAGGGGGAAGGUCAGCAGGAAUCAAAGUUUGGUUAG